UCUUUAAUAAAUUUCUGCCUUAAUGAUACCGAUCAUUAACUAACUACAAUCAUAUUAUAAGAGAAUAAUAUAUACGGAUACGCGGCAGUUAUCUCAGAAGAAAGAAAACUUCCUUUGAGUACGCUCAACAUUUACAACUCUAUAAAAAUAACUCUAUAAAAACUGGCCAGAAAAUAUCAAUUGUUGCAAAAACGUGUUAAUUAUUAAUUUAAUUGUUGUUCGUGAAACUAUAAUGAUGGAUAAAUUAUGGUUAUUCUUUUUGUUACAAUUCUUAUUCGCGCUAUCCGCAUCUCAAAGAACAAAUUUAGACACACCGAUAAAUUUGGAAACGUAUCGACAAUUUCGUAAUUGGAUUACCCAAAAUUUCGUUAAAAAUGAAAGAGUUCGGGCGAAGAAUGAAGGAAAACUUCAAUCAGAAAUUCCGAUGGACACUCCAUUUCCUUGCAACGUGACAGGUGGUAGAUCUCCCACUGUCCCUGAUUCAGUUCAUCGUUUGAGACCAGGAGACAUAGACGUUAUUGCUGCGAUGGGUGAUUCUUUGACAGCUGGCGUUGGAAUAUUUGCAACUAAUUUAAUAGAAUUAUUGAUUGAAAGCAGGGGUGCAUCAUUUAGUAUUGGUGGUGAAGAAACUUGGCGAACAUAUGUAACACUUCCGAAUAUCUUCAAAGAAUUCAAUCCUGGAUUAAUAGGCUAUGCAAUUGGAGAUGGUCAAACUUACGAGCCAACUUCACAGCUGAACGUCGCUGAAAUUAAUGCAAUAUCGAGAGAUAUGCCUUUCAUGGCUAAAUAUUUAGUCACUAGAAUGAAACGUGAUAGAAGAAUAAAUAUAAAGAAGCAUUGGAAGUUCAUUUCAUUGUUCAUAGGAGCCAAUGACUUUUGUACUUAUAUGUGUAUGUCUUCUUCUCCGUGGUCCAUUUUGGAAAAGCACAGAAUUGAUUUAAUCGAUACUUUUCGAAUAUUAAGGGAUAAUUUACCACGUACUUUGGUAUCCCUUGUAAUAGCGUUCAAUUUAAAAGAAUUCGCUAAUUCACGCACAAAAAGAAAUUCAUUGUGUUAUAUAACAACCAAUAUCGAAUGUUCGUGCUUAUUUGGUUCACAAUUCCAAGAUCGAAAAGAGGAAUAUUUUGAAAUAAUGAGCAGAUGGCAAAAAUUGCAAGAGGAAGUCGCCAAUUAUCCAGAAUUUAACAGAAAAGACUUUACUGUUAUUGUUUCACCAGGCAUCGGUAAUAUUAUAGUUCCGUUUACCGAAAAUGGACUCGUUGAUCUAUCGUAUUUUUCUGCGGAUUGUUUUCACCUAAGUCAAAAAACGCAUGCAAUAAUUGCGAAUGCUUUAUGGAAUAAUUUAUUACAACCAAUUGGAAAUAAAAGUACUAUUACUUUAUCACUUUUUGAAACAUUUUUAUGUCCUACUUCCAAAAGGCCAUAUCUGAUGACACGUGAAAAUUCUCAAACACAACAAUAAAAAUUAAAAAUAAAGACAAAUUUAUAUUUAUAAUACAAAAUCAUGCCAGAGAAAUAUUUUAUACUCCGCCAAAUAAGUAAAAUUAUAUAAGCUUGAAUCGCAUGUUUUAUUCACUCUUGGAAUUU